CAUCAACAUGCAUAGCACAACGAUUCGAUGCAAUCAUUUUUCAUGUGCAUAAAGCCGACGUGGUUAAUGAUGCACAACUUCUCAAGGCAAUUGAAAUUUUAAAAGAAAAAACGUCGACUUCAGCCUCUUCAUUAGCAAGUGUGCUGAAUGUUGUUAACUACGUUCUUGGCAAGCCAUGCUUCUUCCCUGAAACCUUAUUUGGAAACAAAAAAACCGUUGCUUUCGAUAUUAAAGGUCAAAGCUAUGUAGUUAAAUUUGUGACUUGUAAUAAAGGAACUUCCGAACAUAGCGCAACCCCUAUGGAUGUUGACAAUACACGUCUCGGAAAUAAUGGGUCGAAUAGUCACUCUUCCCACGCUUCCCAGUCGUCGUCUUCACCACAACUCUUACAACCUACUAUCGCUGACAUCCUUAGCGAUUCCAAAUUUCUUAGACUUAUAGAUCUACUUCAACAAAAAACUCAAGAGUCUCCACUCAAAUUAGCAAGUUUAUUAUGUAUUAUAAAGGCUGUGCUUGAUGACGUUGGAUUAAAAGGUCGAUUAUUCCAAAACAAAAUAAAGUUUUUACACAAUUCACGAGAAUAUAUGAUAGAAUUUCAUGAUCAUGAUUCAGAACAUAUAAUUGGCGACGCAAAUGGUAACUUUUCUCAAGAUACCAAUAAAUUAAAGACUGAACACCACGAUGAUGACGAUGAUAUGAUGGACGAAUUAGAAAAAGAUGAGAUUGAAACUGUUCCACACGAAAAUGAGGUAUGGCGCGCUCAUAUGCCUGCAGUUUCUAAAAGAAAGCGUAGUGGUGAAAGUCCCAAUUCAGAUGAAGAUCACAAUCCACAACCAAAUACUUCUACCAAAAGACGAUCAACGGAUAAACAUAAGGCGCCUCCUCUGAGCUGUGAAGCUGUUAAACGUCUUUUCACAACUAUCACUAAAGCAACUCUUAUUCAGAGACUCGAAGAAUCAAAAGCUUUAAUCUCGGCUAUCAAAGAAAGUUAUGCCAAUAUCCGUCCACCUGCUCAAUCUACAAAUUUAGCAUCAUCAUCACGCCUAAACCUUCUAUGUCAUCUUCUUCAAUCACCACCAACAUCCCGAAUUGAUGGAAUCUCUUCUAAAGUUUUUUCAAACUUGGAACUUUAUAAAUUAUUUACUACUUACAAUUCUUACAAAGAAGAAGUCGCUCAAAAUAAUCAUAUUGAUCCAUUAAAUUCACCAAAUAAACGCAGUCAUACUUCACCUUCUUCAGAUCCAUCAUCACCUAUCACUUUUCCUACCUAUUCUUCAUUUAUCGAUCCAACAGUUACCUUACACAUCAAAGAACAAACUGGUGGUAAAGAAGUUGGAAAGCACCGCUUGAAUUGUGCUUGGAGGCUUAGCAUAUUAUGUGAGUUACUAGGUAAAGGUGUAUUGUUGAUGACCAAGGAAUUAAGUGGUGCUAAAUUGGAACGAAUUCUUGUUGAAGAAUUUACAAAAUUAGUAGAAUUCUUGAAGAAUUCAGAUAAUCAUGAUUGGGUUGCUAAUGUUAGAGAAAAAAUGGAUCUGUCAGGAUUUGACGAAGUUUACGCACCAUUAGCUGAAGCAGAUAUAGAUAAUAGUUCUAAUAACUCCGGAACUGUUUCCGAUACCGUUGGAAUCAAUAACGAUAAUAAUAUGGAAAUGCCAACAGCCAUGAAAUCUAACCUUGGAAUCAUCACAUUUUCUGUCGAUCACAACAUUACACAAAACAUGAUCGAUCCAAGAUUGACUAUUCCGGAAGAGGAACUAAUGAACCAUAAUGGACACCACCAUUACUCGGAAGUUGACUCGAAAAACGAUCUUGUCAUGAGGGCUCCGGGAAGUGUGCGACCGAUCUCAUACAUCAAACGUGAUAUGAGAACCGAAAGUCAAAAAUAUUAA